CGGUCAAGGUGCAUAUUUGCUGUUUACCAUCAACGCUGGACGCAUUAUCCUCGCAUUCAGAUAUUAGAGGCAACCAUCUGCAAUAUGUCUAGCUCAGCCCAAGAUCUACCCCGCGUGCGGGCAUGUCUCUUCGACAUGGAUGGCCUGCUCAUCGACUCGGAGGACAAAUACACGGAUAUCACCAAUGCCAUUCUUCAAGAAUAUGGAAAGCCUUUGCUCCCGUGGUCUAUCAAGGCUCAAUUGCAGGGUCGUCCUCAACCAGAUGCCAGCCGUAUCUUCCACCAAUGGGCCCAGCUCCCCAUCUCUCCCGAAGAAUUCGCCGCCAAGCAAUCCGCCCUGCAAGAGAAAUUCUUCCCUCAAUCCCAGCCCCUCCCCGGAGUCAGGGAGCUCCUCGCCAAGCUUGUUUCCACCCAAACCACCGACCAGCCCGUGCACCUUGCCCUGGCCACCUCUUCCCACAGCCGCAACUUCAAGCUGAAGGCCAGCCAUCUGGGCGAGUUGUUUUCCGCAUUCCCGAAAUCCCAACAAGUCCUGGGCGACGAUCCCCGCAUCGGCAAGGGACGGGGUAAGCCGCUUCCCGAUAUCUAUCUGCUCGCGCUAGAGACCAUCAACUCGGGUCUGCGCGAAAAGGGAGAGACUGAGAUCAAGCCUGAGGAGUGUCUGGUCUUUGAGGACGCGGUGCCUGGCGUUGAGGCCGGUCGGAGGGCCGGUAUGCGGGUUGUUUGGGUCCCGCAUCUCGGAUUGUUGGAGUCGUAUAAGGGGCGUGAGGAGGAGGUGUUGGCUGGGCUUACUGGGGAACAUAAGGAAGAGGAGAAGACUGAGCCGGAGCGUGAGGCCGAUGAACUGGUCGCCGGUCGGUUGAAGAGUGCCGGUAAGCCCGGUGAGAUCGGUGAUGGGUGGGGAGAGUUGUUGCCUUCUUUGGGGAAUUUCCCAUAUGAACGUUAUGGAAUUAAACCUGCGUGAUUUCAUUUCUUGUCUACCGGGUUAUUAUAGACAUGAAGUUUCUGGCAAUCUAGAAAUGUACAGCCACGUCAGGCGAAGAUUUGAUACCCGUGAGAAAUUAAGAAAGACUAUGUACCCCGAAGGAUAACGCAGAAGC